UAUAUAUAUGCUCACAACCAGCCUUCACAACUCACAACUCAACUACUUCUCAUAUUUCACUUGCUUCACAAAACUCUCAUAUAUAUAUUUAUUUCAACAAAAAUCGAUGGCUAUUCACAAUAUUCUAAGACGGUCUUUAUCGGCUGAAAAGAGGUCAAUUGAAGUUCCAAAGGGGCAUUUGGCUGUUUAUGUUGGAGAAAACAAUAAGAAGCGAUUUGUAAUUCCAUUAUCAUACUUAAAUCAUCCUUUGUUUCAAGAAUUACUAUGCAGAGCCGAAGAAGAAUUUGGAUACCAUCAUCCAAUGGGCGGCCUUACUAUUCCUUGCACUGAGGAUUUAUUCCUUGAUCUUACAUCUCGCUUGAGCAUAACAUAAUAUUAGGUCUUAGAGCAUAUACUUUUUGUUAGCUAGAUUUAUAUAUUUUAAUAUUUGUAAACACAUAAGAUACUUUGUCGGAUACAAAUUGUAUUCCCGCACAAAUUAAUAUAUUAAUACAUAUGACAUAUUUUGAAUACCAAA